CAGAAGAUACAACAAACAUGUGACUAAUAUAACGUAUGUAUUAUAUAUCAUAAGUAAAUUGUUUUUUAAAAGACAUUAAAUAUUUAAAGCACUUAAAAUAGAGAACUGCAAAAAUCAACAUGUUCUUUAUAUAUAAAUUGGUGUUAAUAAUUUCAUUAAAUGAAGCGUACGCGUAUAUCACACAAGAAAUGGAAACAAUAUUGCUGCCAGCAUUGAAUUUGAGAAGCACAGAGAAAAUACCAUUAACUUUUAAAGUCUUUGGAAAACAGAUUCAGUUAAACCUGCGUAGAGAUGACCAAAUAGUAUCUACAUUUCAUGUAUGGAAACAUGACGCAACAGGCAUCACAAAAAAAUUGUCGGAAUUAAAUGCAUCGGAUCCUUGCUAUUAUUUUCACAUUGAUCAUAUCAGCACUGCGGCCAUAAACUUUUGUCAGGAACAUGGUUGGGAAGGAUUCGUUUUUCUGAAAGACGACACAUUGGAAAUUAGACCAUUGCAAAAUGACUUUGCGUUUUUGUCAUCAAUGGACGAUCUUUGCAUUAAAGAAGAGAUUAAUACUUCACUCGGCAAACCACACCUAAUUAAAAGAUCUUUGCAAUUAUUUGGUGACACGAGUUUUCAUAUUUCGGAUAAUUUUAAACUGAAGCGACGUCAUGUAACAAAUACACAAAAAAAAAUAAUUAUAGAACUGGCUGUUUUCUUAGACGAAGCCGCAUAUCGUACGUUCAUGCCUUUUCUGGAUGAAGAAAUGUUGCGCAUGAUGAUAUUAGCAUAUGUGAAUCGUAUCCAAGCUCUGUACCAUCAUCCUAGUUUGGGUAUUUCCAUCGAUAUUUCGUUGGUAUAUUUGGAAAUUAUGGAAGAACAACCAUUAAAUUUACCAGUUUUUGGCGGCGACGCUAAGAAAUUGCUAGAUUCGUUUUGCAAGUACGCUGAAAGUGUCAACCCUCCGGACGACAAAAAUGCGAAUCAUUGGGACGUUAGUCUUUAUCUAACCGGUAUAAACAUUUCUUUGGGGAAUAUUAAUGUCAUAGGAAGAGGCAAAACCGAUGUGUGCAAUCUAACUAAGUCGUGCGCGAUAGUAGAAUUCGGUAUUGCAAGUGAAAUAACAUCGGGUUUUACAUCAACUCUCGUUGCUGCUCAUGAGAUCGGCCAUAUUUUAGGACUAAAACACGAUACAAUACCGUGCGGUAUAUACGAAUACAUAAUGUCACCUGCCAAGCUGUAUCAAGGACAAAUAACAUGGUCCGAGUGCAGCCGUGAUGUAGCUGAAAAUCUUUGGCAUAGAAAACAGUGCCUUCGAGAUUACACAUCGUCGGGAAAUUUCGAAAAUGCAUUGAACCAUUCGCGUUAUCACGACUUACCCGGAAGACAAUGGACCGCCAAGGCACAAUGCGAAAUAUUUUUUCGCGACGAAGAUGCGAACGUAGCCUCAUUGCUCGAUAUAUGUAAAACCCUACAAUGUGAAACGCCUCACAAGAAAGAGUAUUACCUCACCGGACCGGCGUUGGAAGGAACUCAUUGCGCUCCCGGGAAGGAAUGUCGCGGCGGAGAAUGCGUCCCCGUUAUCGAACCACCAUAUAUUUUUAAAGAUUGUGGAAAGGAUCAGUGGAGUAAAUGGAAAGAAGGCAUCUGUCACAGUAGUUGCUUGGAGAAAUCUAAAGGCGUAAGAGUCAGACGACGAUCUUGCAAACAUAGAAGUCGCAGAACGGCGAACUGCAAAGGGCCAUAUUACGAUGUGGUCCUGUGCGAUGAUUCUUUACUUUGUACUGAGAAACGCAAGAGGAUCGACUCAUUUACUACAACAAAAUGCACGCAAUUUAGCUUUGAAGCAAAAUUUUACAAUUUGACAUUUGAACUAGAAAGGGAGCGGGGAUUGCAGCUUCUUUAUAAUGCCGAGGAGCCGUGGAUAGCCUGUACUAUAUACUGCCGACUCAAAAAUACAUCUACUACUAAAAAAAUGCACUACGCACCACGCUUGGAAAUGCUUGGCUUUGAUGUGGAUCCAUACUUUCCAGAUGGGACGUGGUGUCACAAUAAAGAUGGCCAGGAUUAUUACUGUCGCCAACAUUAUUGUCUGCCGGAAAAAUAUUCUUAAGAAGUUUUGUGAGAUUAUCGACAUGUCAACAAAAAUCGACGAAAAGGAUAAUAAUAUGCACUUGACGUUUGACCCAGAAAUGGAACCAGGAUGGCAGGCCGCUCAUGAUGUCGGGAAACCGUGGAAGGCUUGUACUAUACACUGCCGACGAAAAAGUUCAUCUACUUUCUACGCACUACGCAUAGAAAUGCUCAGCCUCGGUAUCGAUCCAUACUUUCCAGAUAAAACUUGGUGUCACAAAGAAGAUGGCCAAAAUUUUUAGUGUCAUCAACAUUAUUGUCAUCAACAUUAUCUGCCGGAAAGCUACAGUUAUUAUUAAGAAAUCAUCGACGUCUGUGUACCGGUAUCUAUGAAAAAAAAAUUUCGAAACGCGCGUAAAUCAGUUUAGGCCGGUAUUCAUAAU